AGAUAAUACACAUAAGGUCCAAGCCAGCUGAUAAACAAGUGACUUUUUAAUAUUAGUUUAUAACAUUAAUUUCGUCAUAAAAAUACCAUAUGCCUACAAUUAAACGUCCUCAACGUAUACAGAGAUCUUUAAAUUUUCUGCCGACCUAAACAGUGCGUUGUUACGAUGUCGAAAAUUAAAAAGUUCAGUGGCUCAUUCCGCUAUACGCAAUGGGACCCUUGUUUGAUAAUAUCUCAAAUAGUGGCAAUGCAGUCUGUAAUGUACCUGUCUCUUAGUCUGCUCGUGGCCAUCAUGCAGGACUUGACCGGCUCCACGAGAACUUUGGAUCAUUUAUUUGAAUAUCAUGAGCUACACAUAGUAGAUAACGAAGGAAGGGCAGUGAUAUUAGCGUUUGUUUUCAAUGCAGUCAUCGGUGCCUUUGCAUUAUGGAUGAUUGUUGGACGAACUAAGCUGUGCUUGGAUUUUAGUUGCACAUACCACGGACUUCAUUUGAUCGCAUGCUGGUAUUACAACGGAAGUUUCCCCACAACUUUCUCGUGGUGGACGUUGAACAUAGCCUGUGGGGCUAUAAUGUGUGUGGCAGGCGAGUUCUUGUGCCUGAGGACUGAGUUGCAAGCGAUACCCCUCAGUAAUAUAGGUGCUAAAGUGGACUUAUGAAACUUGCUUACCGGUGUUAAGUUUGUUGCACCAAUCUGUGGGGAUUGAUGGCGGGCUUAGAGUGGACAUUUGUGGUUUCAGCUUGAGGACCUUGGGAGCUUGUGAAUCGAUAUGAACACUUAUUAUUGUCUGAUUAUGUUUGGUGCAUAGCAGACGUUGCUUUUCACUCGAUGAGAAAACAUUCAGAACUGCAGUCAUUGAUCUUGUUGUAUUGAAGUAUGCGAAUGAACAAUGGUCAAAAAAAAUUGUAUGAAAUCAAAACUGUUAUUAAUUUUUUUUUAUUUAAUUUUUUUGUUUGUAUGUUAUUAAAAAAAUGGAGCUAAUGUUAUUAGUGAAUUUGAACGAUUUUAAAAUGUUUGAGUGUUUGUUGUUCUUUCACGAAUUGAUGAAAAGUGAUUGAAUUUUCUUAUUUUCAUGUGACAAAUUAAUUUAAAUGAUAGGUAUAUUCAAAGUUAAACUUAACUCCAAAUCAAUCGGCAAAUCAGAAAUUAUGAUUCUUACAUUUUUCAUAUAUGACUUACAAUAAUUUAGAAAAUCCAAUUUAUAAUUGAAUCGAAGUAAACUUCAAAAAGAAUUUACAAUUAAUUGAAUAAAAUUUAAAGUAUGUAAGAUUUAAUUAACAUUAUGGUUAAUUAAUGCUAAUGAAUACAAACUAUUUUUGUAAAAUCAAGAAAAUAAUUAUUUGAAAACCUUAAAAAAGUGUAGCAAAGAUACAUUACAGAACCGUAAGUAAAACUGUGAUCAAAUUGUUUACUACACGCAUAUUUAUUUGUUUUUAUU